AUGCAUGCGUCGCUCCAGCAUUCCUCCAUCGAGGGCACUGUCAGAGAUGAGACCGACAUCGAACCGGCCGUGCCCGCACCGUACGAGGAGCAGCCUUUGCUCCGUCAGGAGGCCGAGGACGCUUGGAAGCCUCCUAUAGGCUUUGUCUGGAUACAGCUAGCCAUCAUGUCUAACGUGUUCCUAUCUGGCUUCGACGGCACCAUCACUGCAUCAACAUAUGCUGUUAUCAGCUCCGAAUUUAGUGCGGCCAACACGGCAUCGUGGCUCACAACCUCCUAUCUAAUCACCAGCACCGCAUUCCAGCCGCUAUAUGGUCGCUUUUCUGACAUUUUUGGACGACGGACAUCGUUUUUCACGGCCACAAUAACCUUCAUGAUUGGUUGUUUGGGGUGUGGGAUUGCCAAAGAUAUCGUAUUUUUGAACAUGAUGAGAGCACUUACUGGUAUUGGCGGUGGAGGUCUAAUGACAAUGGCCACUAUCGUCAACUCAGACCUUAUUCCUUUCCGCCGUCGUGGAAUGUAUCAAGCCGUCCAGAAUGUUUUGCACGGUUUCGGAUCCAUCUGCGGGGCUUCGUUUGGAGGCACGAUUGUCGAUUCUGUCGGGUGGCGCUGGUGUUUCUUGAUGCAAGUUCCGGUUGGGUUUCUGGCUCUCGUCACCGGUCAUCUUGUCCUUCAUCUACCUACGCAAAACAAGUAUGCCAGCGAGGGGUGGAGUCUACAGGCUAUCUGGAGACAUGUCGAUCUGUCCGGAGCAUGUGCGCUGAUUGUUGGCCUCUCCUCGCAAUUGGUGGGCCUGAGCCUAGGUGGGAAUGAGCUCCCCUGGUCCAACGUGUGGGUGAUACUAUCGUUUGUGGCGAGUGUGGUGUCACUGGCUCUCUUCGUUCUCAUCGAGACGAAAACAUCUGCAAUUCCGCUGAUACCACCGAGAAUGCUGAAAGGCGUGCUGCCGGUUGCCACGCAAAUUGCCAAUGUCUGUGUCGGCAUGGCUGCUUAUGCAUUUCUUUUUACCCUCCCUUUAUUGUUCCAAGUUAUCCUCUUGGACUCGCCUUCCAAGGCUGGCGCGAGGCUUGCAGUACCGUCUCUCGCUACCCCGGUCGGCGGGGUCAUCUCCGGCUUCGUCAUGUCGCGCUGGGGCAAGCUGGCCUAUCUCGUCCGAACCGGCUGUCUUCUGAUGUGCAUUGGUAAUGUACUUUUAAUGCUCCUGCAAUUCCAUGACUCAGAGUGGAAGUAUUAUGUGGCGAUGAUUCCUUCCAGUCUCGGUCAGGGUAUAACGUACCCUGGUAUCUUGUUUACAUUUCUCGCUGCAUUCGAUCAUGCAGACCAUGCCGUGUCGGCCUCUACCGUCUACCUGGUUCGUUCAAUGGGCACAGUCUGGGGCGUAGCCCUUACGUCCACCAUCAUUCAGAACACAUUGCGCUCAGGCCUCGCUGAGGCCUUGAGUGGAAUACCAGACAAAUGGAAAGUGAUCGAUGACAUUCGUCAUUCAGUGUCUGCCAUUCACCAUCUGCCGCCAGAGAUCCAGCUAGCCGCACGAAUGGUUUAUUAUAAGGGAAUCCGGCUGUCGUUUCUGGCAUCAGCAUGUUUCGGGUUCGUGGCUACGAUUGCGGCCCUCUUCACCCGAGGAAAGGGCCUGCACCGUUCACGCGAGGCGUAG